AACUUUGUAUGUUUCAGUAGUCAGACAAGCACAGACUUGCCUAAGUCAAGAUAUUUCAGACAAUUCUCAACAAACUGUAACAGCGGGUGGAAAACCAAAAGGGCAUUUCUUCUUCUGCCGCCUGUUUGGAUCUUCAACCAUGUGGCUCUAUAAUGUUUUUCUGAGUUUGGUCCUCAAGGGGAUUCUUUUGUUCAUGUUUUUCUUCCUUUUGAUAGCUGACUUCAUUAGGAACCGGAAACCAGCAAACUUUCCUCCAGGACCGAAGGCUCUCCCCUUUGUGGGGAACAUCUUAAGUUUGGACACCAAACAUCCUCACGUUUAUUUCAGCAAGUUGGCUGACAUCUACGGAAACGUCUUCAGCUUGCGUCUUGGCAGGCAGUCUGUGGUGAUUGUGAGUGGCUACAAGAUGGUGAAAAAGGCCAUCGUGGGACAAGCUGAGAACUUUGUGGAUCGGCCAUUUAAUGCAAUCGGUGACCGGUUUUACCCUAAACCUUCAGAUGGUCUUUUUUUAAGCAAUGGAGAGAUAUGGAAGAAACAGAGACGUUUUGCUUUAUCUACUUUACGCACCUUUGGUCUGGGCAAAAACACCCUGGAGCUCAGCAUCUGUGAGGAGGUCCGACACCUGCAGGAGGAAAUGGAGAAUGAGAAAGGUAAACCCUUCAGCCCAGCAGGCCUCUUUAACAAUGCCGUCUCCAACAUUGUUUGCCAGCUUGUUAUGGGAAAAAGAUUUGACUACAAUGACCACAAGUUUCAGUCGAUGCUGAAGUGCAUAUCUGAAGGUGUUAGGCUUGAAGGAAGCAUAUGGGGUCAGCUUUAUGACGCAUUUCCUCAAGUGAUGAAAUAUCUGCCAGGUCCUCACAACAAAAUCUUUAGCAGUUAUAACGCAGUAAGAGAGCUCCUUCUUGAGGAAAUCCAAAAGCACAAGAAGGAUCUGGAUCCCAGCAACCCCAGAGACUACAUCGACACUUUCCUCAUUGAAAUGGAGAACCACAAAGACUCUAACCUGGGCUUCACAGAGAGCAACCUGGCUUUCUGCUCCUUCGACCUCUUGGUGGCAGGAACAGAAACGACAGCCACCACAUUGCUUUGGGCAUUGCUUUACCUAACAAAAUACCCUGAAGUUCAAGAGAAAGUCCAGGCAGAGAUUGAUAAAGUGAUCGGACAGAGUCGCCAGCCCUCCAUGGCCGACAGACAGAACCUGCCGUACACUGAUGCUGUGAUCCAUGAGAUCCAGAGGAUGGGGAACAUUGUUCCACUGAAUGUAUUCAGGGUCGCUGCCAAGGAUACAACUCUGGGUGGUUACUUCAUACCAAAGGGAACAUCUGUGAUGCCCAUGUUGACAUCUGUCCUGUUUGACAAAACUGAAUGGGAAACUCCAGACACCUUCAACCCUGGACAUUUUCUGGAUGCCAAUGAGAUGUUUGUGAAGAGAGAAGCAUUCCUACCAUUCUCUGCAGGAAAACGUGUGUGUCUUGGUGAAGGCCUCGCCAAGAUGGAGCUGUUCCUGUUCUUUGUUGGCUUACUGCAGAAGUUCACUUUCUCCGUUCCUGACGGAGUUGAACUGAGCACUGAAGGAAUCACUGGAACGACACGAGUGCCUCAUCCCUACAAGGUGUCUGCUAAAGUUCGCUGAGCUGAGGACUUUUCACUAAACCUGGUUUCUGCUCAACAGUCGACUGCCACAGCUCUAGAGGUUGCUGCUUGUUAAGAGUCCUUGUAGAUGUGAUGAUAUUCUGAGUAAGAGUUUAAUUAAUCAUCAUUAAAGACAUCAUACUUUGAGUUACUGAAUUCAAA